AUGGAAAAAGACGUCAGAUUUGAAAUCGUGCUCGUUGGCCCCCAGCUUCGUGGAGAAUCAUCAGGCAUUCCAGAAAUCUAUGUCCAAGUUAUCACCGGAGACAAGGCGCCUUUCUACAUGAGAGAAAAGAACUUCAUGAACAGAGCUCAAGAAAUUGGCCACUUGGAUGUGAAAAUUUGGCCGGCCUGUUCGAAGCAGAAAAUUAUUGGAUCAGAGUUGACAGUUCAUGUUGAUAUCAAAUCUGCCAAAGGUCUCCCUGGCUCUGUUGACUCGACUUUCGUCAAAUACUCUCUUCUCGGGAGCAACGAGUUGAGGACGAAAAUUAAAUCAGGCCUCAAUCCAUUAUUUCAAAGCAAUUUAUCCGUUGAUUUGGGAGUCAUAACAGAAGAGUCAUACAAAAAGCUGGAAACCGAACCGCUUUGUUUCGAAAUAUGUUCUUCCCACAAACGACACUUCAUCAAAUCUCGACCACCACAAACUCAAGCUCGUCCUUCACAGAAAAUCCGCGAUAUUGAAAAAUUGAUAGCAAAGAGCAACUCGGAAGGAAUCACAAAUCUGUCUAUUUCUGACUUGUCAAUGAUACUAAACAUUCCACUUCCGCCUCCGACAAAGGCUUCAAAAGCCCCGGAGAAACCCAAAGAAGACAAAAAAGAGGAAAUUCUAGAGCCGCCAAUACAGCCACCAAGAACAGAUACCCCCAGUAGCACUUCUUCUCAAACAUGUAUCAUUCUGUAA